UUGUAAUCUGUAAUCUGUUAAGGGCUGUUAAGGCCAUCAUCGUGAGUGGCAAAAGUUUGGUCACUUUGACGUUUCGUAAUCUUUUUAAGUUUUUUUGUUUACAUUUUGGUGUUUGUCGUCACAAUGAGUCGUAAGUACAAUAAACAGCGUUUUAUCAAUUUCUUGGAGCAGGAGGCAAUCUGCGAUCUCUUGGAUGUGAAUGAGGAAGAAGAAAGGACAGGACAAGUUCGAGAUGAUUUGAUGGAAGCCGCGAUUGACCGUCUUAUGGAGGGAUUAUUAAUCAUGAUUACUCAUCGAUAUUUGUACAGGACAAGAGUGCCGAAAUCCAGUGCCUGGUAUGAGAGAAUACUGCCUCAGUAUGAUCCAUCAAGAUUUCUUCAAAUGUUGCGUGUGUCACGGGAAGAAUUUGACUUCAUCCUGAAUGAAAUCACUGAUGACCUAGUCUUCACUGAGGCUACGGUGAUUCUGCAUCUCUUGCAAAAACUGCUGCUAUGUUGGGAACUGGAGAUGGUGGAACUCUGGACAAGGUCACUCAACGAGUGUUCUCGGCCAUUUUACGACUAAAACCUCAGUAUUUAUAUUGGCCAGAUGCCGAGGAGAGAAGGAUCCUCACACGAGAGACGGCAGAUGAGUUGAUUUUAUGUGUCGGGUACAUGGAUGGGACCGAGUUUAAACUCGCGGAAGCUCCCAUCCAUGAUCCCGACUCAUAUUAUUCACGGAAGAAAGUACACUCGAUCAAAGCCACUCUCGUGUGUGAUCACAGAUUCAGGGUGAGAUAUCUCGCGGUGGGAGUGCCAGGGAGUGUCCACGAUGCCAGAAUGUUUGUGAACAUUGAACUUGGACAACGCACGGAGGAAUUUCUUACCGGAGAUGAAUAUAUAG